AAUGCAUAUAAUUUAGCAUCUCAUCAUAUCAUGGCAAUAAGAAUAAUUGGAAUUCUCUUGGUGCUCAAUGCCGUAGUUUUCGCAAAGAAUUCGGAAUUGGGACUAUCCCCCGAGGAUUCUGAGGAAUAUGUUGGGUGGCUAUUUAAUGAUGCGAAGAGGAACGAACGAGCCGAAAAAGAAGAAGAAUUUCAAAUUUGUCGUACUGAUGCCUGCAAAAUUAUAUCAAACGAAUUUCAGAAAAGUAUGAAUAAAUCGGUAGACCCCUGCGACAAUUUCUACGACUACGUUUGUGGAGCGUGGAAUGGACGAGUUGAUAUUAUACCACCUUAUGAAGGGAGCUGGGGACGUUCAGAGUUAUUCCAAUUCACUGUGAACAAGAAGAUCAAAGGUAUCCUGGAAUCAGAGCCUCAAUCCAGUGACAUUCUACCUGUCAGGCAAGCGAAAAAAAUGUAUAGCUCCUGCAUGGACCUCGAAGAACGGGAGAGGCGUGGGCUCAAACCUUUGGAGUCAAUUUUAAUGCGAACAGGGGGUUGGCCAAUGAUUAUGGAUCCAGAGGAGUGGUAUGAAGGUGAAAUCUCCUGGCAAGAAAUUGAGAAGAACUAUGUAUACAUCAACGGCAGGUUCAUUUUUGUCGACAUUAGAACUCCCUGGUACAGAAAAGAAUUCAACGAACCAUUCCUGGAACAAAUAACUCUUGCACCUGGCGCUGUACCAUUUUCUACAGAAUUCCCCAAAGAAUAUUUUAUGUCUCGGAGCGAAAGGUCAGAAGAGUAUGCAAGCGUGAUAGAACAGGUUGCCAAGGAGUUCAUCAAACAUAGUAAAGCCGCUGUGACAGAUGAAAUGUUGAAAAAAGAUAUUGAGGCUUUAGUGGCAUUCGAUAUGCAACUUUUUAGGCUGAUCACAGACGAUCAUGGUGACGAGGAUUCAAACGUUGGAAAAUUCUUGGAGCGUUACAAUAACGACGUUGCUGAUCUUGCUGACAAAGAUAAGAUUGACUUCGAGAGUUAUUUCAAAAUUUUGUUCGGAAUGGAGAACAUUCACAUUGAAGAUUCGAUGGCAAUGAGCAUUCAGUCUCCAUCUUACUACAGUAAACUAACAGUGUUGUUGACAGAGACACCUGCCCGGACCAUUGCAAACUACAUUCAGUGGAAUUUCGUGAGUAGAAUGUUGCUUUAUACAACGAAAGAAUUGGAAAAAAUUUUCAAUUCACAGGUGAAGAAAGAUAAUGGUGCAACGGAGGGACCGCCACGUUGGAUGGAAUGUGUACAGAAGGUCAAAAUGGAUCAUGCCUCCUCCUACGCAUUUGUCACAAAGUACUUCGAUAAAAGAACGGAAAAGGCUGCACUGGCACUAACGGAAAAUAUCCGAAAAGAAAUGGAAUCGCAAAUCGAUGAAUCAAACUGGCUCGAUGAUGCUGCCAAAGAAUUGUCAAAAGACAAAUUGAGGAGCAUGAAUAUCUUCAUUGGCUUCCCCACCUGGUACAGAAACAAAACUGCUCUGAUGAACUUAUACAAAGGGUUGAAAGUUGGAUACGACUAUUUUGAAAAUAUCCUGAGCUUCGAAAAGUACGCAGUAAGGGAGAAGUUACGAUAUCUGAAGAACGAAAAGGAUGAAGAACCCUGGGCUAUGCAACCUGUAGUUGUUAAUGCUAUGUAUGGACCAGAGAGUAAUAACAUAAAUAUUCCUGCUGCAGAUUUCCAAGCCCCCUUCUUCACUCCAAAUUUCCCAGAUAAUAUUAAUUACGGUUCGAUUGGCUGCAUAAUAGGUCACGAGAUAGGGCACGGUUUCGAUGAUAACGGAAUCAAACUGGGCAAAGACGGCAAGGAGACUAAAUGGUCAAACAACAUGAUAGAAGGCUAUUACAAGCGCGCUGAAUGCUUCUUGGAUCAAUUUAAUAACUAUUGGGGUGUAACGGAAAUUACAUCUUACGGUGGAACUCCGGAAUAUCGCGCGAGGAGCAUUGGCCGUAAGACGAGAGGUGAAAACAUAGCCGAUACAACAGGACUCCACUCAGUUUUUGAGGCAUAUCGAAAAUUACGAGAGAAGAGAGGCAGACCUGACGACAAACUGCCUGGCUUCGAGGAAUAUAGCGAUGAUCAAAUGUUCUUCAUUUCAUUUGCAUCUGCGUGGUGUCAAGUCAUGAGGCCAGAAUACGCCGAAAAGCUGAAGAAUCAAGAUGAGCACAGUCCUCCUCGUUUAAGGGUGAUGGGAGCAGUAUCAAAUACCGAUGAUUUCGCCAAAGCUUUCAACUGUCCGAAGGGAAGUCCGAUGAAUCCGGAAGAUAAGUGCGAUAUUUGGAAAGCUGAGAAAUCAACUCUGACCAAUGAAAUUGACGAUAACCUGUGGAGCAGAAGACGACGUCGUAGCAGGUGGUCACUCAACGGAUGGUGAUUCCUAUCACUAGAAUCAAUUACCGGCAUAAAUUAAAUUGUUUGUAAUCUCGAACUAUCCUAAUCGCUGUCUAUUGUACUGAAAAUAUAAUCGCCAAGUGAAUCAAUGA